AAACAGAUAUUGAUAAAUUGAUUAAUAAUGGAUACUGGUACAAUCAAAUACUAAGAAAUCAAAAUUUAACCGAAGAUCAAAAAGUUAAACUGAAUAGAGAUAGAAUCGAUAAAUUAAAAGAAUUAUCUAAUAAAUACUAUGACCAAAUCAGUAAAGAUAUUCAAACUGUUGAUGAUUACAGACAACUUAAUGAUGCUGGUUCUAUUGAUU